AUGGCUCCAAAAAAGUCGAAGAAGUCAAAGCAAGAAGAUUCGAUGAUAGAUUUCGUUGAAGAAGAAGUUUCUGGUGAUGUCGAUGAAGAAGGUUUUGAGGAGGCGGAAGACAUUGUUGUAGACUCUGAGGAAGAUGAACCUCCAAAGAAGAAAAAGAAAGUAAUCAAAAAAGAAGUCAAGCAAGAACUGGAAUUAACUGAUGAAAAACUUCAAGAAUUGCUUGAAAAGUAUGAGGCAUCAAAAUCAACUGCCACCAAGACAAAAGACGAUUUCAAGCAUUUGCCGAAAAGUCAACGUGGAAAAGCAUUGAAAAGAGCCUUGCGAAAAGACAAACGAGCUCGACAGGAAGAAAGAACAAAAAUCAGAGAUGAGCUGGGAGAGAGUGCUCCACAGAAAGAGGUUCCAAAAACAAUCGAAAGCAUGAGAGAAUACGAUGCGACUAUGGUUGACGAACAAGACGAUGAAGUGGAACAUGAUGAAGCAAAUGAUGAGUUUGCCCCAUAUUUCAACAGAGAGACCACACCCAAAGUGAUGAUCACCAUGACUCCUAAAGCAAAGAUUACCACAUUCAAAUUCUGUUUUGAACUUCAAAAAUGCAUCCCGAAUUCAGAGAUGUUCACAAGAAAGAAUGUUCUACUGAAAACGAUUAUCGAGCAAGCGAAGGAGAGAGAAUUCACUGAUUUGCUCGUCGUUCAUGAAGACAGAAAGAAGCCAAACGGCAUUAUCUUCUGUCAUUUGCCAGAAGGUCCUACUGCUUACUUCAAAAUCAAUAGUUUGACAUUCACUCAAGAUUUAAAGAAGUUUGGAGAAUCCACUGCUCACUUUCCAGAAGUUAUUUUGAACAAUUUCAACACUCGUCUUGGACACAACAUCGCCCGCAUGCUCGCUUGUCUCUUCCCACAUGAUCCCAAGUUUACUGGACGUCGAGUUGUCACUUUCCAUAAUCAAAGAGAUUACAUCUUCUUCAGACAUCACAGAUACGAGUUCAAGAAAGAAGGCACAAAAGCAGCACUCUUGGAACUGGGUCCAAGAUUCACGUUGAGAUUGAAGUGGUUACAAAAAGGAACUUUCGAUGCCAAAUGGGGAGAAUUCGAAUGGGUUCUCAAGAGACACGAAAUGGAAACCAGUCGUCGUCGUUUCUUCCUCUAA